AGGGGAGGGGCCGAGCGCCUUCAGUUGUUCUGGCCGCUGCACUCGUCGGGCGUGCUGGCUGAAGGCCGCUCCUCAGGCGAACCGUCUCAAUGACCAUUUGUCAGUUCUUCCUUCAAGGCCGGUGCCGCUUUGGAGACCGGUGCUGGAAUGAACAUCCCGGCGCCAGGGGUGCGAGCGGGGGACGGCAGCAGCCUCAGCAACAGUCCUCAGGCAGUAGCAGACGUGGAUGGAAUGCCUCUAACCAGAGAUACUCCGGUGUGAUACAGCCAUCCAGUUUCUCCAAAUCCACACCAUGGGGGGGCAGCAAAGAUCAAGAGAAGUCGUCAUUAGGGUCUUUUGAGCCUGGAACUUCAGCUGGCAGGGACAGGGAGUUUGGAUUGUCUCAGAACCCAUUCGCUUUACUUAGCCCUGAUGAACAGAAAGAAGAAAAGAAACUCCUGGAAGGAAUUGUAAAAGAUAUGGAGGUUUGGGAAUCAUCAGGGCAGUGGAUGUUUUCUGUUUAUUCACCAAUGAAAAAGGAGCCUAAUAUUUCAGGUUUUACAGACAUUUCACCAGAAGAGUUGAGGCUUCAAUACCAUAACUUCUUAACCAGCAAUAACUUACAGAGUUAUCUAAAUUCCAUUCAACAGUUAAUAAAUCAAUGGAGGAAAAGGGUAAAUGAAUUGAAAACCCUAAAUACAGCAACUAAAGUAACCUUGCUUCCGGAUGUAAAAGCUGGAGUCAGUCAAGCAGCACGUGUGUUUGGAUUUGGCAGCGGGCAAGGCCCAACAUUUGGGUCGGCAGGUUUUCCAUUGAACAACAGCAGCAGCGAUACUGCUCGGAAUUUUAGUUUUAAGCCAAGCUCUGGAUUUGUCACGGCCCCUUCUGAAAACCAGUCCGUGUUUGGGAGUCCUCCAGCAUUCGGAGCUACACCCUCUGCCAGUUCUGCUGCCACUACUUCUGCUUCACCUUUUGGGUUUGGGAAGCCUAAAAUCACAUCUGCUGCUUCAUUUUCAUUUAAAAGUCCCACCGCUUCUGGUUUUGGACCACCCGGAUUUUCAGCAUUUCCAGCUUCCUUGGCAGCAGGCCCUGUAGGAGCUCCGGGCUUCGGAAGUGGCAGUUUUGUGGCUGGCUUUGGUGGUCCAGGCUCACAUUCUAACACUGCAUUUUCCAAGCCAUCGCAUAAUGUCUUUGGGAAUAACAACACAGCCACAUCUCUCCCAGUCUCAAAUGGCUGCAUCACCACAGAUAAUGUGUUAUUCACACCCAAGGAUCAACUAACAGUGGAAGAACUGGAACAAUUUCAGUCCAGGAAAUUUACUCUGGGAAAAAUUCCAUUAAAGCCACCACCAGUGGAGCUUCUAAAUAUUUAGAAGGGCAGUAUUUAAAUACAGGAAAGGACUGCUUUUAAAAUUAUGUUUUGAGUGGUUCAUAUAAAAGAGUAGAUAUGUAUUCAUGUAUACACACGCACACAUACACAUUCAUAAGGCAUAUAAGCUUUCAAUAGUUAUUUUAGAGGUUUUAAAAUUGAAUGUUUUGCUUAAUUCAAACUUAGUAAAACAGCACAUAGUCAGCAAGCAAGGGAAUUGUCUUACCGUAGUUAUGAAUGGAACUGAAAGAAACUCAGUGUGCACUGAAUAAAGCACUUUUCUACAUUCCACACAACUUUACUGUCUUAUCCUAAAGUUUUGCCUUUAAUUUUUUUUUUUUUUCCUUUUUUUUGCAGGGGGGUUAGGAGAGAUAGUUUCUGGAACUAUUAAGGGGGGAAAAACUCAAAUAUUUAGGCUACUUCAAGAAUAAACAUCAAUAGCAUUACUUUCCUUCGUGUUAAAGACGACUCUAAAGGAUGACAAAGCUUUUGUUAUCUUGGCCUAAUUUUUAUAUAACUAUUUCUCACACUGUCCCAUCAAGUGGAUAAAUUGAAAGAGGUAUAAAAGUUGUGAUCUCAUGUGAAUAAAUAGUGUAUGUACUGAAGCUCCUGUUUCUAGAGCAUGUUUGGAUAUCAAGGUAGUAAGCUCACAUAUCCUCUGCAUUGAUGAUCUGUGAAAUCAGAGACCUGUUGUGAGUAUAGGCCGAUAUAUGAGUUCUGUGCCACUUUUUCAGGCCUAAAAAAUUACAUAGCACUGCCAGAGCAGUAACCUAAUACAGCUCUGAAAUAGAGCUGAUUUUUUUAAAGUGAAAAUAAAACCUUACCUCAUAGAAGAUAAACGCUCUGAAUGAUUUUAGCAUAUAUGCAAAGGAUUCACUCCUCAGGAUCUAGAAUCUCCGUUAUGCUGUUUGAAGAACUGAAUGGUUCCAUUUCAUAGUUCUGAAACCCCAGCAUUUGGGACGGAAUAGACACCUAUAGGGUGUAAGUUCGAAACCAUCUUUGAUGUAGAGAUAGUAAGUAAACUAUAAGUUUCUGCUUUGGCUGCAAGCUCUAAGGGCUUUCAAAUGUUUGUUCCAACUUAGAGGUAAAGCCUAGAAAUUCCCUACCUCCAGGGAAUGAACCCUACACUACCUAGAGGUUGGUUACAGGCUUACCAGCUUACUUGGAUCCCAUCAGAACUUCCCAGGGUGCACAGAGGAUGGUGGUUAAAGGCCCAGUGUUUCCAAAUUUGCCUGAUGAUAAGAAUCACUUCAGUGCUUGCUAAAUAAUGUAUUUACAUUGCCAGGCCUUUCCUUUGGGCUUGACCAGAGAAUACAAUUUUUAAAAAGUGUUCCAUGAGAUCCUUAAGGCAAGUUUGGGAAACCAGAGCCUAUCUAGCUGCAUUUAGGCUACUCAAUAAUACAGGGUUUUUUGUUUUUUAAUUGUUGAAGUGUGCUUUCUGUGCUCACACCCACACACAAAUGUGAGUUUAAUGGGAUCCAAAGUUGUCAAAGAGUGCCAGAACAGCUACGGGUUACUUGAAAGUGGGAGAAACUGAAGCAGAGGACCAAAAACCAACUGCCGUCAAGUCGAUUACCGACUCAUAGUGACCCUAUAGGAUGGAGUAGAACUGCCUCCACAGGGUUUCCAAGGAGCGCCUGGUGGACUCCAACUGCCGACCUUUUGGUUAGCAGCCGUAGUUCUUAACCACUACGCCACCAGGGUUUCCAGGCAGAGAAGCCCACAAAAAAGCCAGCAGUAUGAAUGCAGGCAUCAGCAGUCCGGGAAGGCCAGGAACUCCUAGACCUAGGCCAAGGGGCAGCGAGGCUUCAGGUGGUGAGGUGGUGAUGAGGCAUAAAGGCAGGCUUGAUGGGAGUGCAAGGGAAAAAAGCACAGCAAGAGCAUGUGCCAGUGUCAAAGAAGCCACCAUCUGGGUUUGUCCUGUGAGGCAAGAACCAGUUCUAGGAGAGCGGGCCUAACUGAAAGGCAACCCACCAGUACGUAAAACGGCCUCCUCUGCAGCUACUGCGAUAGCUGGCCCUUUUACCUGGGGUCUAGGGCAGAGACAGAACUGCAAAUGAGGUGACUGAUAAUCCCGUAACAGAUUGCAAUAGCUAAGAGCUGAUACUAAGGAGAGAACUAUUAAAAAAGGCACAGAAUGAUUUAGCUACGCAGUGUUCAUAAGAGUGAAAUAAUUCUGUAUAAAAUGCCCAACAACAGGAAAUUGGUUAAUUGUGGUAAGUUAAUAUAUUGGAGUGCCAAGCCACCUUUCUAAAUGACCUGGAAGAAUACACAAUAAUUUGGAAAAGUUUUCAUUCUGUAGUCAGUGGGCAAAAGCCUGUUAUAAAAUAGCACGUAUGAUGUUCAGUUUAGGAGAAAGUGUAUUUCCAUAGGGGAAGAAGUCUAAAAAAAAAAAUAAUAGCCCAAGUUUUAAUGAACUUUUGCUAUGUGCCAGACAACAUUCUAAGAACUUUGUCUUUUAGCUGACUUAAUCCUUACAACCCUAUAAGUGCUAUCAUCAUCCUCAUUUUCCAAAUGAGAAAGCCAAGAUUUGGAAGUGUUAAGUGACUUGCACAAGAUCAUUUAACUAGCAAAUGGUUGAACUGGAAUUCCAACACAGGACUUCGAACCACGCUUUACACCCCGCAUAUACUAUAUAGUCAGAUUAUGGAUAAUUUUUUUUCUUUUUGCUUACCAGUAUUUUCAACAGUAAACAUACAUUAUCUUUGUAAUAAAUGUUUCCUACAUUUUUCCUUAUAUGUGUGUAAUUUGGGGCAUGGGGUAUAACAUCUUUAGAUGGCAAAGGUUUAAUCUAUUUAUCUUGUUGAGGAUAUACACAGCAAACACACCAAUUCAACAGGUUCUCCAUGUACAAUUCAUUGACAUUAGUUACAUUCCUCAAAUUGUACAACCACUCUCACUCUCAGUUUCUGAGUCGUUCCUCCCCCAUCAACAUAAACUCACUGCCCCCUAAGGUUCCUAUCUAAUCUUUUGAGUUGUUGUCAGUUUGACCCCAUAUAGAUAGUUCUUUAAAAAGCAUAAUGCUCAAGCAGAUUUUUCUACUAGUUAAGCUAAACUAUUUGUUGGUUUUAUGAAGACUUCAGGGGAUAUUUUGGGUUUAAGGUUUAAAGAUUACCUUAGGGCAGUAGUUUUGGUGGCUCAUCCAGCUUCCAUGGCUCCAGAAAGUUUAGAAUCCAUGAGAAUUUACGAUUCAGUUCUGCACUUUCCCCCUCAAAGUUUUAAUUUUAACUGGACAAUUAAGUGAAGUUCUUCAUUCCCCUGAGAUUCAAGAUAAAUACUCAGAAGGUAACAAGUUAACCAGUUGCCGCUCUAGUCAACUCUGACUCACGGUGACCUCAUGUGUAUCACAGUAGACCUGUGCUCUGUAGGAUUUGCAAUAGUUGACUUUUGGAAGUAGCUCACCAGGCCUUUCUUCCAAGGUGUCUCUGGGUGGACUUGAACCAUCAACCUGUUAGCAGCCAAGAUCUUAACUAUUUGUCCACCAGGGACACCAACUCAAAAGAUACAGGCCUCUUAUCUGAAGAUAAGCCCUUCCUUCCUAAAAUUCCAAUUACUUUUCUUUGCCCUUACCCGGAGAAGAGUCCAUAAGCAAACGAGACUAAGAAGUUCAUCUGGCUGAGUUGACAAUAUCCACUUCUCUUCACUCCAUUCCAGCCCCCAUCUUUCAAUUCUUCCUUUCUACUUUUGUUUCUGCCACUUCAAAAAAGAAGCUAAAGCCUUCAAAAAGUGAGGGAAUCUUUUCUAAGAGAGAUGCUUUGAAGUAUGAAACAAAUUAAUGAAGCCAUUUUAUUCCCCCCAAAUACCAGCUUGUAAUUAAGAGGUAUUACAAAAGAAGACUUAAAAAAAAAAAAAAACUGAACCUCACUAAUACUCAUGAAAGGCAAAUUAAUGUGAUCCCCCUUCGUGCUCAUCAGAUUGGCAAAAAUUAAAGUCUAACAAUAACAAGUAGAAACUCUUGUAUAUUACUUAUGGGAGUGUGAAUUGGUUCAAGCAAUUCAGCACAGGGCAAUUUGGCAAUACCUACUUAACAACACUGAAGAGGCACAUCCUCUACGACCUGGCAGGCCCACUCCUUCCUCCUCGAAGAGUGCAAUAUCAGCACCACCUGGGAAUUUACCAUAAAUGCAGAAUCUCAAGCCCCACCCCAGUCCGACUGAGUCAGUCUGUUGUAACAAGAUCUGCCAGAGGACUGUACGCACUGUGAAAGUUGAAAUCAUUGCCUGCCUGAGCAAGGAAACAUGGGCAAAAAUGUACAUAGCAGCAUUGACUGUAGUAGCAAAAAAAACAGAAACAACAACUGUUUGUAGUAGCAAAAAGUUGCAAACAACAAUAAGUCCCAGAUAAACUUUGGUAUUGUGGGAUAUACCUGACAACAACUGGCACUACUUGUGUAAACAAUACAACAAAAGGGUAGGUGCAGAAUACUAUGUCUAGAAUACCAUUUAUAUAAAGUACAAAAUGUAAAUCAAAAUUAUAUAUCAUUUAUGUCUACAUAAACAUAAACAUAGUAAAGAAAUAACUGCAUGGGAAUAAUAAGCACUGAAUUCAGAGUAAUGGUUACCUGGUGGGGGAAAGGAAUGGGACACGGGAGGCGUAUACAAGGAACUUUAUAUCCGAGACAUUUUAUUUAUUUUUUUAAUCUAAGCUUAAUAUGUCAGAAUGUUAAAAUUGGACAGCAUAUGUGGUGAAUUUAUAGUUAUUUAUUAUAUUAUUUUCUAUACUUUUCCACAUGCUUGAAAUAAAUUUACAUAUUUUUAAAGAUGUAACUUAGAAAAAAAAAUGCUUUUUUUCCCAUGCCAAAUUGUGUAUUAUUAAGUAACAGAUUUCUGAAGUGAUCAUUAUGAAUCAGCUGGUUUGUCAAAUUGUAUCCCAGUCUGUCACAUUGAUGAAACUUGCCAUUUAAAUACUGAAAUCAGGAGUAAAAAUUCUACCCUAGAGAACAGCUGACUGUAGAUACAGAAAAUUUUUUUUUGCUACCAGGCUAGUGAAUGCUAGUGAUACACAUUUGAAUAUUUGUACAGAAAAUGAAAGUUACAUUUAAUUCACUAGGAAGGGUAUGAGUUUGUCUCUCUAAUUAUGCCAGACAAGGAAGGUAAUCUAGAACCAAUAUGCUAACCAGUUAUCUUGAGGCCCUUUCCUCCACAAUAUUCAUCAACCAGCUCUUUAAGUCUUGUUUCCUUGGUCUUUUAUAAUAUAAAGAGCGAUCUGUCCUGUCAGCUUUGAAACUGAGGAACAGAAGAGUUCUCUGUCACGAAUAUCUUUUAACACAUUAUGACUCACAUCUCUUCUCCACCAAAAAAAAAAAAGUCAAAAGACAUUACUUGAAUUACCUAUUAAUUCAGAACCCACUCAACUCAGAGACAUUUACAUAAAUCAGUAGAUACAACAUACAGUCCUGUAUAAGAAAAAGCUUGCUUGAUUCAUUGAAAGUGUUCAUCAUUGAUAUUAAGUACCCAACAAGCCUGUUGCAGUCAUGUUGAUUCCGACUCAUAGAGACCCUAUAGGAAAAGAUAGAAC